UAUAACAUUAUUGAUAAAACUGCUAUUCUAUAAUCCAUGGGUCAGCGUGGGGCAUUCUAAUUGCCCCAGAUAACGGCCAAAAGACUUUUCCCCGAGCCGAUCGACCGAUCUCUGGACUCGGCAUUUUGAAUCCGUACAUACAAAUUACUCCAAAAUCCCUGUCCAUCCAACCUCUAUCACACCACUCGCCAUGUCGCUCACAUUUACUGAAAUCCCUCUUCAAGUUCAGGGAGUAAACCUGAAUCUUUCCACUGUUCACAGCCUGAACUCCAAUCUUACAAUAUUCUUUCUCCAUGGAUUCGGCUCCUGCAAAGAAGACCUGGCCGACAUUCUGAUCGCGCACCCAUCGCUAAGCAACUAUGGGUUUCUUGCCUUCGACGCUCCGGGUUGUGGGCAAUCAUCCAGCGACAACCUCUCCGCCACAGAUAUCCCAUUCCUCGUUGCCACUGCAGAAGCGGUUCUCUCUCAUUUUCAAAUCACCCAAUUCCACCUUAUCGGCCACUCCAUGGGCGGUUUGACCGCGCUUCUUCUGGCCCACCGCCACCCAUCCCGAAUCCUAAGCUUCAUGGACAUCAAAGGCAACCUCGCACCAGAGGACUGCUUCCUGAGCCGACAAAUAUUCAGCUUCCCAUCCGACGACCCGGAAGCCUUCUUAGACGCCUUCAUCGCUCGCACCCGGGAAGCUAAAUCCUUCUCUAGCCCUCUGUACGCAAGCACCUUACGCGCGCGGGUCCGCGCGGGCGCUGUUCGCGCGAUCUUCGAAUCCAUGGUGCGGCUAUCAGAUGAUGAGGAUCUCCUCGGAAUGUUCCUCGGUCUCCCGUGUCCCAAAAUGUUUAUGUUCGGGGAAGAGAACCGCGGGCUGUCGUACCUGGGACGGUUGGAGAAAGAGGGCGUGGAGUUGGCGCAGAUCCCGCAUAGCGGGCAUUUUCCUAUGUAUUCGAACCCGCCGGAGAUGUAUCGUCGACUAGCGGGUUUCUUGGAUAGGAUCUCUUAAAGCGGCUUGUUAUAAUAAAGUUUACAGGUUAGAUGGAAUAGACAUGAAUAGAUAUUUACAGUAAAAUGCACAUACUGUCGGUCUGCUUCUCUCUAGGCCAAUCCGUCG